AUGGCUUUCAAGAUCGUCAUUUUGGCCGCCGUCAUAGCCGUCGCUAGGGCCGGAGUCAUCGGCGCCCCAGUAGCCACCUACGCCGCAGCUCCCGUGGUCCACCACGCCCCCAUUUCCUACGCCGCCGCUCCUGUGGUCCACCAUGCUCCCAUCUCCUACGCCGCCGCCCCCGUAGUUCACCAUGCCCCACUUGCCUAUGCCGCCCCAGCUAUUGCAAAAGUGGCCGCACCUAUUGCCAAGGCCGUAGUUGCUGAAGAAUACGACCCCAACCCACAGUAUUCCUACGGAUACGACGUCCAGGACGGUAUUACAGGCGACAGCAAGAACCAGUUCGAAACUAGAAAUGGAGAUGUUGUCCAAGGUUCUUACUCCUUGACUGACCCAGACGGCACCCGCCGUACCGUCGAAUACACCGCUGACCCCGUCAACGGAUUCAACGCCGUCGUCCACAGAGAACCCCUCGCAGCCAAGGCCGCCCCAGUAGCCUACGCCGCCCCAGCUAUCGCUAAAGUGGCUGCCCCUCUUGCCUACGCUGCCCCAGCCUACGCCAAGGUCGCCGCCCCUCUUGCCUAUGCCGCCCCCGUAGCGAAACUCGCCUCACCCUUGGCCUAUUCUACCUCCGUUCUACACUAA